AUGUACCUCGUACUUUCUGCGCCAUGCCGGAUUAAGCAAGACCACCCACCGAGCCCCACGAGCCAAGAUGAAGUUGUCACUGGCGUGUCCAAUCCCAUGAGGACGGGUGGGAGAAGGAGGGAGAAGGAGGGACUGGAGAAGAGACUCCACCAAUCGUUAACCAUUACGCUCAAAUCCUUUUCCGAGCGUCCCUCCUCUGAUAACCCCAUUGCUUCCCAUCCAUGGACCGGUACUCCUAGUCUUCAACAAGCAACGGAAAGAGGAGGGAUCGCAAGUCUUGGGACGGCCUCAGCCUCGACUGCGACACAGCCAUCGACAACGGCGAACCGACCUGCUACCGCUUCCAUUACCCCUGCCGCUGCUCGUGACACCGACUCGACGUUCGAAGAAUACGAGCUCGACGAUUACGUCGCCAUCAAGGCUCGGAAAGACAAUCUUGAAAAACAAGCCAGGAGAACAGCGAAGCGACAGGAGAAGGCCCGCUGGCUCGACAAGCAAGACGAAAUGAAGUUUUCACAUAGCAUUCAGUUUAAUGCCGUGCCCGACUGGAGCAGCGAGUAUAUUUCUUACAGCAACCUAAAGAAGCUAAUAUACCAGCUUGAGAAGGAUGUCCACGAUGCCGUCGCUGCUGCCGCCGCCAUGGACGCCGAGGCGAGACCUCUGGUCGGCGGCGAAGACCCCGAAGUCAUCUUCAAGCGCGCAUUAGUUCCCGAGUUGCGCAAGAUCACGUCAUUCUACACGGCGAAAGAGGCAGAGCUCAACGAAGAAGUCGAAAAGUUACUCGCCGACGUUAGCGAGUUCGAUCUCGACGCCGAGAGCGCCGACGGGCGCCGGUACAGUGUCCACAGUCAUAUAUCAGACGGCGUUGAUGAUAGCGACGAGGAUGACGAGACGGUCGGUUUGACAAGGGGCGCUCUUAGCCGCCGCAAGUCUGUAGGGAGCAUAACGGGGCUUAUGACGGCAUCAGCUGAGUUUGGGAGAGCCCUUCGCCGACGAAGCACCACCCUGAGCGACGAGUUUGCCGAGCGAUCUCUAGCCUACUCCACGGGCAUCGUGCUGAAGAAGCGAAUAACGGCUCUUUAUGUCCAAUUGUGCGAGCUCAAGUCGUACAUUCAGCUGAACAAGACGGGGUUCAGCAAAAUUCUCAAGAAAUUCGACAAGAUCCUCCAGAAGGAGCUCCGCGCCCGUUACAUGGAUGAGAUCGUCCUACCUGCCUACCCAUUCAGACCAGAGACGCGGCGGGCGUUGGAGGAUAGGAUAUCUCAGAUGGAGACGGCAUACGCCACCAUUGCCACGCAGGGUGACUUGGAGGUAGCAAAGGAAGACCUACGCUCUCAUCUUCGAGAGCACGUCGUAUGGGAGCGCAAUACCGUGUGGAGGGAUAUGAUUGGUUUGGAGAGGAGAGCAGAAGCUGCUCGCCUAGGCAGGGCCAUCCUCGGGACAGAGCAAGCUGCGGGUCUCCAAGGUGACGAUGUCAAGCUGCCCGUCACUAAGGAUGUGAGAACUCCGUUUGGACGCAUCCAGCUUCCCGUAUGGUUGGCGAACAGUGCCAUGUUCACUCUGAUCAUUGUGUUCCUCGUCUUCUUCGCUGUCUUGACGAUGCCCAUUAUGGAGCGGCCCGAACAGCAAAAUUGCUUAGCCCUGCUGGUGUUUGUUAGUUCAUUGUGGGCUACAGAGGCCAUCCCUCUAUUCGUUACCUCGCUCAUCAUCCCGUUCCUCUGCGUCGUGCUUCGUGUAGCACAUUCGGAAGUGAUGCCCGAGGAGAGGCUCGAUUCCAAAGCGGCGGCCAAGUACAUCUUCUCGUCCAUGUGGACACCCGUCAUUAUGCUCUUGCUCGGUGGUUUCACUCUUGCUGCCGCGCUUUCCAAGUGCAGGAUUGAUAAAUACCUCGCGACCUUUGUUCUCAGUAAGGCGGGAACUACGCCGCGAGUGGUUCUUUUGGCCACGAUGAUGGUAGCGGCUUUUGCCAGUAUGCUGAUUAGCAAUGUCGCUGCUCCGGUUCUCUGUUUCUCUAUCAUCGAGCCCAUGCUUCGAACGCUACCAUCGGGGUCCAACAUGUCCAAAGCCGUGAUCCUCGGAAUCGCGCUCGCAGCCAACAUUGGCGGUAUGCUCUCGCCGAUUGCAUCGCCCCAAAACGUCGUUGCCAUGGGCAUCAUGACGCCGCCACCCACCUGGCCCCAAUGGUUCUUUAUCGUCAUCCCCGUCGGAUUCGUCUCUAUCUUGCUCAUCUGGAUCCUGCUUCUCAUCAUUUUCCAGCCUGGCCGAGGAACGACGCUCACGCCGAUUCGGUCCAUCAAGGAGUCCUUCUCUGGCAUCCAGUGGUUUGUCGUUUUCGUUUCGCUAGGCACGAUCGGCCUCUGGUGUGCCAGCAAGUCCCUCGAGGACAUCUUUGGAGACAUGGGUGUCAUCGCCAUCAUCCCCAUGGUACUCUUCUUCGGCAGCGGUAUUCUCACGAAGGAGGACUUUAAUAACUUCCCCUGGACCAUCAUUAUGCUCGCUGCCGGUGGAUUGUCUCUUGGCAGGGCAGUCGAGUCUUCAGGCCUGCUUUACACUGUCGGCAGCAUCGUCACAGAGAAGGUCGAGGGAAUGAGCUUGUACUCUGUGCUCGUCAUUUUCUCUUGCCUCAUCUUGGUCAUUGCGACCUUUAUCAGUCAUACUGUGGCUGCUCUCAUCUUCCUGCCGCUGCUUAACAGUGUUGGCCACGGAAUGGACAACCCGACGCCGAACAUUCUGGUUAUGGCGGGCGUACUCAUGUGCAGCGCUGCCAUGGGUCUGCCUACGAGUGGUUUCCCGAACAUGACCGCUAUUAUGAAGGAGGAUGCCACCGGAAGACGAUACCUGUCUGUCAAGCACUUUAUCAGCGCUGGUGUACCAAGCAGCAUACUUACCCUUCUUGUCUCGCCCACCUUCAAGCGACCCUUGUCCUCCGAGGAGACGUCGGAACCCCUCGUCCCGAACUCCUUGACCCAGCAAGCCAACCCCUCACUGCAAUUUACCUUCGAGAUGGCCAGUCACGGCAUAGCCCGGACGAAGCAAUAUCGCACCGCCGAACAACGCCAGCAGGACCAGACGAGAAUUCAAAAGUACCGCGACCUAGAAGACACAAUACGCGCGCGGGUCGCCGAGCAAAACUACAGCCGAGACACUUUCGAUCUUUCCACGAAGCUUCUACGCACGAACCCCGAAUACUAUACGAUAUGGAACGUCCGCAGGCGGUGCCUAAUAUCUGGUAUAUUCUCAAGAUCGUCGGAUGGGCCCUCGCGCUCGAGGGCAUCGCCGAGUUCUACAGCAGCGCGCACUGGCAUACCCUCCUCCGAAGGCUCAUUUACCUCUUCCUCGACAGAGACCCCGCCAAGCCUACGCUACCGGACAACUGGGAAGAGUGGUACAACAGCUAGCAAAGAGACAAAAACCGACGACUCUGGUGAGGAUGAUAAGAAGAAGGUCGAGGAGCAACAACAGCGGAAUGAUCUUGAGGUUAUCAAGGACGAGUUGAUGUUUACCGUUCCGCUCCUAAUGGAGUUUCCGAAAUGCUACUGGAUAUGGAACCAUAGGCUGUGGAUACUCAACCAGGCUAUCGCGCUGCUGGCGGUUCCUGCGGCGAGGCAGAUCUGGCAGAGGGAGCUUGACCUGGCGAGUAAGAUGUUGACCAAAGAUAGGAGGAAUUUUCACGCUUGGGGAUACAGGAGGCAAGUUGUGGCACAGCUCGAGGACCCGGCGCUCGCAGGGAAGAGUAUGGUGGAGUCGGAGUUCCAGUACACGACGGCCAAGAUCCACGAGGAUUUGUCCAACUUUUCGGCGUGGCAUAAUCGGAGUCAAUUGAUUCCGCGGUUACUUGAUGAGCGGGAUGCCGACGAUGCUGCGAGGACAAAGUUUCUUGAAAAGGAGCUUGAACUUAUCCAAGGCGGCGUCAAUGUCGGCCCCGAGGACCAGUCUCUGUGGUAUUAUCACCAGUUCCUCAUUCUUAACAUUGUUUCCAAGGACGCGAAGCAGAGCUUCGUUCCACAUCUCACGGCGACCGAAAGAUUGGCUUAUCUAGCCAAGGAGGUGGAGGAUAUCAAGGACCUGCUAGAGGAUUAUCUUGAUGUCAAGUGGAUCUACGAGGCGCUACUGGAGUGUAUUCUAGCAAAGGCGGGGAUCGAGGAUAUUGAUGGGGAUGAGAAGGAGGAGGUCAAGGGUUGGUUGGCGAAGCUGAGGGAGUUGGAUCCGAUGAGAGAAGGGAGGUGGAGUGAUGCGGCGAGAGUGUAUAAAUUGGAGUGA